CCGGCAGUGAGUGAAGACUUCGGCCGCUGGUUUAGGCGCCUUUCUGUUCUCAAAACGCCAGCUUUUUCGCGUACUGUACGCGCCCUCGUGGGCGUCUUGUGUAUUCUUCGUCCUUGGUGGCAUCAGGUAUUGAUUGAUAAUGUGCCCCUAAUUUAAGUGAAACUUACACAGUGCAUUUUUCCUGGUACAACAUAUACUAUAACGGCAUUUAAGACUUGUGAAUGAAACUUUUGGUCACCAAGUGUCACAGUGAUUGUUCCAUUCAAGGCUGAGUUAUAAGGGAUACUGAUGUGUGUCCGACUGAUGUUCGUCAGUUUGUGUACUAUGUACUGCCGUCGACUGGGGACGUAUCGGUGAUAGUUGUGAUCAUGUCCCCCAAUUGAAGUAUGGGUCAUGUUCCUCCUACGCAGCGUCGGCCAGCAGGUGGAGAAAGCGAUGAAGAACACCUUCAGGAGGAACUCUGGCGAGAGGAAAAACUCCGAGGAGCAGGGCCCAGAGGAUUUGGGCUUUGAUCGAUCUUCCGAGGGGCCCCCUCCGUCCCCUCCGCCCCUCGCGACGGAUGUAGGGGACGAGGAAGGGAUCUGCCCCACGCAGUAUCCUCUCACCCCACCCGAUAGUCUUGACUCCGAGUUGCCUUUAGACGUCAGCAAGGAGGGAGUGUCAGUGAGUGACGAUGUUCCCGAUGACGCCGAAAAUCCUUACGCCACCAUGGGGGGCGAUUCCUUAUCCGACUCCUCCGAGGGAAUUGCCUCGUCAAACCUGCAGGACAUCCAGACGUUGAACUCCGACUCCGACGAGAGUCCGACGGACCUCAUGACAUCUAUCUGUCGCCUUUUGCCCGAACUUCAGACCAUGAAAGAGGUUGACAAUCUUUACGACACUCCCUCCUUCAACGACGCCAGGUUAGUGGAGGACGUGACGGAUUGCGCCUCGCAACCUCCCCCUCCCCCUCCGAAGCUCGAAACACAUCCCUUACUUGAGACUGUUUACAAGCGUCCCUUCCACGGAAACCUUCCCGAAGGAGUCGAUUGCGAAACUUACUCAAUUCCAAGGAGCAUUGGAAUGCCUUGCUUGUCGUCUUCCCCCGUUAACGGUGGUGAAAUUCUCGAUGAUCAAGAAGAGGUUGAUGAAGGGAAUGAAGAUGCCCUUCUGCUAAAAGAGGGUGAUCUUGAUGCCCCUCUCAAGGGAGAGCAAUGCGAUGCGACGUCAGCAAUGGAUGCCCCCUGCGAUCUUGAUGUGCAGAUGACUGCUGACGAUGUCGACACUGAAAGCACCGUUACCACUGGCCCUCUUUCAUCUGCUGGCAGUGAAAUCGCCCCCGACGAGAAGGUUCUUCCAGAAAUAUGCAGGAAAAACGGGAUCCUCCCUCCGAAGAUGGCGCCUCCCAGCGUGUUCAGCACUCCCUCCGGUGAAACAGCUAUUGUCGAGCCGUACUACGCCACCGUGAGCAAAGGCGACCCCGUCCCCGUCGUCAGAGAUAAGGGUUACGUGACGUGUCAGUUCGGCGGCGACAAGCCUACUGAAAAAGGGUUGGGUCACGCCGAAACAGCUCAUGAGGGACUUCACAUAACGAGCGAUGAUAGCUCGCGUGCCAAAGAAGGCGUCGAAACGGCGAGCAGCCACGUUUACGAGUGCCUGGAAGACCUCAAGCAGACGGGUGCGCCGAGCGACGAGGAGGAGGAGGAGGACGACCCUGACGACGACGAUGACCUGCACGACGACCGAAUGAGCGGCGUGUCGUCUCUGGAGGAAAGCGCCGCCACUGUCGUGCACGACAGCGACGUGGACACCGUCAUUUUCGAGGAGUGCCUGGAGGACCCCAGUCAGGAGGGUUUUGCGAUGGGAGGGAAUUUUAGUGGUGCCAACGGCACCUUGGUGCCCGAGCCCAUUUAUGAGAGCAUCGACGAGCGCAAAGAUAGCCGCGACGAUGAUAAAAUAGCCCGCAGUGCCCAGGACGCCUGUGAUUCCCGAUCGAGCAGAUCAAGCAGAUCGAGUCGGUCAAGUACCCUGAGCGGCCCUUGGUGCGAGGACAGAAUCUACGAGGACAUCUCCGACCUGGGCAGCAGCAGCGCUGGUGGAGGCGGCGGCGGCGGCGGUGGAAGCAUCGGCGGAGGGUACGGGGGAGGAAGGAAGUGGUGGGGCGGGGGCGGAGUGGUGGGCGACGAAACCUGGGUCUCGCGCCGCCUCCACGUCCAUCGGCAGCUGUCGUCCUCGGACUCCUGGGGGUCGGAAGACUUCGAGUCCUACUCCAGCAACGAGGAGGAAAGUGGUGGCGGCUCCGUCAAGUCUCAGGCGCCCAACCUGGAGAACUUCAAACAGCGCCUUCUGCGUAAGAGAGAACAGUGGCGGGAAAGGAGGCAAUCUAGCAAGAGUCUGAAGGAUGCUAUUCGGAGGGACUCCAAAGAGGAUCCACCAAAGGAAACGGCUAAACCAUCAGAGGAAAACCCACCUUCCACACCCGACAGUAAACUCUACCGAUGGUUCUCUUUGCGCAAAAGCGUCAAUUAUGACGUUGAACGACGAAGUAGUACCAUUGCUAAUGCCGAACGCACUAGCAGCUACACAGCUACUACCAAUGGUGCCAGCACUAUCAGUACCAAUCACAGGAUGCCAAAACUUUUGGAAGAAGGGGAUGCAGACCACGGGGGUCUCUUCUCUGAAAAUGGGGGCGUAUUUGCGCACACUUUCCAGCGCAGACAUCAGCCCCCUGCCCUUCCAGCGAUGCCCCAGGGACUCAGUCCCGAACAGAUCAAAAGGAGACACAUCGUAGCUAAUAUAGUACAUAGUGAAAAUAACUAUGUGGCAACUUUACAGAGGCUAGUCAAUGAUUACAAGAAGCCACUUGGUGACUCCAAACCACCCAUUCUCAACACUGCCAAACUUGCCACCCUGUUCCACCGUGUGUCUGAGAUCCUCCAGUGCCACACAUUGUUCCGCAUAGCUCUUGCUGAAUGUGUACGGCAAUGGGACCGUGAGGAGAAAAUUGGGGAUGUUUUCGUCGCUUCUUUCUCCAAGGCUAUAGUCUUGGAUAUUUACAGUGACUUUAUAAAUAAUUUUACACGUGCCAUGGAAGUCGCAAAACAGGAAUCAAAGAAGAAAACUGCAUUUGCAGAUUUUUUGAAGAUGCGUCAGAUCACGUCGCCUGAUCGACUGUCAUUCUUUGGACUUAUGGUUAAACCUGUCCAGCGUUUCCCCCAGUUCAUCCUCUUCCUUCAGGACCUUCUGAAGCACACUCCUCAGGGCCAUCAUGAUCGCAUGUCACUACAGUUAGCUCUCACCCAGCUCGAAUCUCUUGCGGAGAUGCUAAAUGAAAGGAAACGGGAGGCAGAGCAAUAUCAAGCAUUCCGGGAUACCCUGAAGCAUAUUAACACUAAGUUUGCUCUGAGAGGUAUUCAGGAGGGCAAUCGUUAUCUGUUAAGACAAGAUGAUGUCAUGCAGUUAGAAUUUAACCAAAAUGGCUUAAUUAGCAAGAGUAAAGCACGCCGACUCUUCCUCACCAAUGACCUGAUAAUUUGUGUAACAGUUGUACCAAAGUCAAAUGAUGAAUACGGACAUCAGAAUGAAAGGCUAUCCCUCAAGUGGGCAGUUCCUGUAACAGACGUUGAGAUACAGGACACAAGUUCAUCUCCAACUUUGAGCCGGCUGUUGGCAUCUGGUGUCACCAAAUCUGGCACCUUAAGUGUGGCUCGUAUUCCUGAAGAAACUAUGGGUUCCAAUGUAGAUAAUCUCUGUCAGGAGAUGAACAACUUGAUGCAUGAUUAUGAAAUCAUUUCAAGAAUCUCUUCCCUAGUCUCAUCUCUUAGAGGAAGUUAUGAUGGACUUACUAGUGAGAACCUCCAACAAAUAGCAAGUAGUAUACAACGAGCAUUACAUAUUCGCGAUGAGCAGAUGGCAUGGGUUGACGCUUGUUGUUUGCAGUUUACUGUAAAAACCAAAGAAGGACGUGAAAAGGAAACAUACACUUUCCAGACUGACAAUCCAGUUAUUAAAAAAGACUGGAUAGUAGAAUUAAGGUUAGCACAGUUAGCUCUUGACAUUGCAAAUUCUCCUGCCUGGGAUGUCCCUGAGCAAGAGAAACGACCGUCUACAAAGAUGCCAUUGUUUGUUAAGGCCCUACCUGUUUUUUCAUCUCCUCAUGAGACAGAGGUAAAAUGUGGGUGCUGUUAUAAUAUUACUUCAUCAAGACCGAGUAGAAUUUCUGGGAUAGGGAGACAUCAAACAUACCUUUGGCUAUGCUCUUCAGAUGGCGUAUCCUCUCACGUCACCAUAUACCUCAUGCAACAAGUUGGUCUGAGAGAGGUUGUUCGAGUAGACAUGGUUGAGGUGUGUAUAACAUCUCUGCAGCAUGUUCCUGGUAUAACAACGACAUCGGAUGAACCUUCUCUGCGAGCCCACACUGUUUGGAUGGGAACUCAUUCACAUAAAUUGUUAGUGUAUAGUGGUCUUGAUCCUGAGAAACAAACAGAACUGGGAUCAGCAACUGUUCCUGCUGCUGUAACAACGAUAAAAUACCAUUGCGAUCAGGUGUAUGUGGGGCUCUGCAAUGGCAUUGUUCAAGUAUAUCGUCGAGGAGCUGACGGAGCAUGGCAGUUGCGAGAGCCAAAUGACAUUUGUCUUGGAACUUAUUCUGUAACUGCAUUAUUGCCAAUCAAUACCCAUGUUUAUGCCGCAUGUGGUGAACAAGUCCAUGUCAUUGACUGUUUUACUGCAGAAGUCACGAAAAAGUUUAGCGUACAUCAUGAAGGUGCUGGUGAAGUCCAACUCAUGGCCCAUUCAGGAAUUGGGCUGUGGAUAGCUCAAAGAAAUACAGCCACUAUUUGUCUGUACCACACAGAAACGUUCCGCCAUUUGCAAGAUAUAAAUGUUGCCUCAAAUGUGAGUCGGGUUCUUGGGGAACGGGGCCCAAGUCCUGCAAAUGUUAAAGUAACAGCUCUUUUAGCUUCUCGAGGUCUUCUUUGGGUAGGUACUAAUGUUGGAGUAGCUCUAACCAUUCCACUACCAAGGUUAGAAGGUGUACCCAUAAUAAGUGGAAGGGCCAAUAUUAGCUAUCAUGCACAUAGUGGUCCCAUAACAUUCUUACUUACCUUGCAUCCUCAUUCACGACCUCAAGCAACUUUACCUGAGCUGAGACCAGCAUCUAGACCUUCUUUACAAGACAGCCAUACUCAGUCACAAGAAACUACUCGGCCUAGCUCUAAUACUGAUGAUACUCAGAGUUUCAUGUCGACCCCAACUCCUGGGUCAAGAUUGGAAAAACAGCAGAGUGAUGGAAGUCUAGUGCCUACCCGUCGUGUACCACCAAGAUUAAGACAACAACUGAGUAGCCCGGUGAUUCUUAGACGUAAACCUCGAGAAUCUCAUCAGCAGCAUGUCCGAAGGCUUUCUAAAACAUUACCACGUGGGCUAGGGUUAGGAGCUUUAGCUGGCAGUCAAGAGUGUGAUGUUUAUGGGUUGUAUGGAGAUCUUUUGAAUGUUCAUGAAUACGAAGAUGACGAACCACUAAAUAUAGGUGAAGGUUUAUUACUGUCAAGGUAUGACUCACUUCGGAGAAGCGAUCCUGAACUUGCAGUUCCUGCUCAAGUUAGCACAUUAGAUCGAAGGGUGCGAUUGAAAGCCUCACGACCAAGGUCUUUAGAUUUAUCGACGUGGUCUAUGGAUUCCCGAGCUUCAUCUGCUUGUACGACUACUUCGUCUGGAUCUGAGGACGGGAGUGGCCUUGGAAUAGGUUCUACGACAGUCACAGCAACUCCAUUAGAAGCUACUAGUAAUUCCAGUUCAUCAGGGAAUACAACUUCUGGCAGGGCCACAACAUCUCGGCGCAAAGAAAAUGACCAGUCAAGAACAUUGAUGACACUAAUGGGAGGAAGAGGCUAUAUUAAUUUAAGACAAACUCUUGAUGCCCAGCCACCUCACACAAAUGAGAAAGAUGCCCAUAUAGUUGUGUGGGAGAUGAAGCUUUAAUUUUCUUCCUCGUGCUUUCCUUCUUUAAUUUAUUUAUCUAAACUUUUUGUCUGUGUAAUGGUACCGUGCAAUUGUGAUGAGCUGGAUAUUGCGCCCAAACUAGGAUGAGGUAUAUGUAUGUACGUACACAUAUAUACCAGAACUGUAAAUACAGUAGCCACUAUGAAAUCAUAACAUCUCUCUUUCCUGGUAUUUUUUGAUAAAUUUUGAUAGAAACCUUGAAAUCCAUAAUAAAAAUGAAAUUGAGGAAAAAAGCUCUUUUCAUGCUACAUUUUGUACAAGGUUUGACUUCUACACUAUAGUAUCUGUGCAGUGGUUAUGACAAUGAACUGAACUCUUCUGCUCUAGCUCUAGCAUGCAAAGAAUUUCCUCAUAGUAUCUUGCCUUUGAAUUUCAGGUUUUUCAGUGGGAAACAAUCCAAAGUACUGUGAAAUCAACAAGCUAAGAAUUCAGUUUGUGGCUGUUGCAUUUAUGUGUGUUUGUGUAUAUGUGUGCAUGUAUGAAUGAUGUAUGUAUAUAUGUAUGUGUGUUUAAAAUAUUAUAUUCAAGAUAUCUAAAGCUCAUCCUCGGCAGAAAUUUACCAUUUGUUAUUGAGUGCAAGUCUGCCAGAAUGCACAAAGAUUUAACCUUGCUAAGCUUUAUAUAUGUUGAAUGUAAUCUGUUGUAAACAUAUAAUCAUGUAUCAUUUGAUUACUGAAUGGUUGAUGUUUAGCUUCCAAGAAGUAUUACUUUCAUUCUGUGUAUGUACCAUCAUAUAACGCUUAUGUCAAGGCUGCUUCAUAAAGAUUCUACAUAAGUAUAUUAAACAUUGUAAAUAUCAGAUAAAAGUUAUUUUGAAUAUUGUACAUUAUUUUGAUCAUCGUAGAAUACCUUGCCAAUUUAUGAACAUAUUGUAUAAGUGUAAUAAAAGAGUAUUAUUUUA